AUGUCUGCACCAACCUGUGGGGAGAGGUGUGGGGAGGACUGCGCCAAGGGCACCGUGGCAUCUCUGGGCCUAGUUGGAGGGUUCACGGUGAAGCAGGUGCAACAGGCUCUGGGUGUGGAUCCUGAGACUGCUGAUGUAUGCAUUGAUGGUCGUCGAUUGCCGGAGAAGGAGGACCUUAGACUGGAGGCCUUAGAUUUUGAUCUGACCAAAAAUCCAGCGGUCUUCGUGUGCCCUCGUGUGACUUUUGGCGAAGAGUUGCUGUGCUGCCCUGAUGCGGUACUGCGCCACAAGCCCAAAGCAAAAUUGGGAUUGGAGAGGUUCCUGACCCUUUGGAUCCUUUUGGCGGCUGGUGCUGGGGUUUUACUGGGCUAUGCUACAAGCCUGGAUGAGGUGAUCCAAGGCCUUAAGGUUGGCAACACGAAUCUGCUAUCAGCAAUAGGCAUGAUUGCCAUGUUGCUGCCUCCUUUUGCAGCAGUGAAGUACAACGAGUUCGGGUCAGCUGUGAGGCGCAUUCCCAAGCGUAUCGCAGUCCAGAGCAUGGUUAUGAACUGGAUCGUGGGACCCUUCCUGAUGUUGUUCCUGGGGAUGUUGACUCUCUCCAAGCACCCAGACUUGCUGCAGGGAGUCGUGUUCAUUGGUGCGGCACGGUGCAUUGCCAUGGUGCUUGUUUGGAACUCUUUGGCUGAUGGGGACAGCUUUCUGUGUGUGUCGUUGGUUCUCCUGAACUCCUUGAUCACAAUUGUCGGGUAUGCUCCGAUCGUAACCUUGCUUGCGGUGGUCGGGCAGGCCUGUGGCAUCAACAUCGAAGGCUCAGUGAGUUUCCUGACGGUUUUCACCAAUGUGGCCAUCUACUUGGGCAUCCCUCUGGCCAUCGGGGUCUUCAUGUGGUGCGUCGGCCACCGGCGGGACUGGUACUGGAAGACGUUCUUGCCUCGCUUUGCACCGCUCGGCCUCAUCUCCUUGCUGACAGUGGUCUUCCUCAUGUUCUGCGAGAUGGCCAAGCCGCUGCUGAAUGGACAGGUGAGCAUCACGGACAUCUUGUUCGCAAUCAUUCCACUGCUGCUCUACUUCAGUCUGAUGUUUGCCCUCUCCUGGGUGGUUUCGCGCCUCAUGCGUCUGAGCUUUGCAGAGACGGUAACCUUGGCCUUCACGGGCGCCAGCAACAACUUUGAGCUUGCGCUGGCCUCCUGCACAGCAAUCUUCGGCACCAGCUCCAACCAGGCCAUUGCCACUGUCCUGGGCCCACUCAUCGAGAUCCCCGUGAUGCUGCUUAUGGUGAAGGUCUCCGGGUAUCUCCGCUACGAACAACAGAAGGAGCUCGACGACUCUGGCAACUCUAGCUCCAUCGAAGCCAGCGACGACAGCAGCGUGGGACCCUCUGCCAAGGCAAGAGGCAAUGGCAGAUGGAACAGGACCUCUGGCCUGAUUUCCGUCGCAGGAUCCCCGCAGCUGCUUCCUCAGCCAUACAACUUUGAGGGCGCUGGCAUUAUUCUGAUUGUCAUGUACGCCAUCAGUGUUUUUAGUAGCGAGAGCUCCGCAGUCUCUGAGACAUCGAAGACCUCUGCGCUGAUACAAACAGGACAUGUGGUGCCACUCCACGCGAAGUUUGUGGACGGUGGCCAGUUGGAAGGCAGCGAGGAGUCGGAAUCCUUCCUGCUGAGUGAAGCAGGUGCAAGUCCGGACGACGAGGUGGAGCAGUGCUCGCUGGCUGACAAGGACUGUGCGAUGACUUUUGAAGACAAGCUGGCUCCUGAUGUCAGCGGAAAGGAAGAGCCUUGUGAGAGCCGCUUCUCUGUGGAUGCAUUCUUGGAUGUCCCAGCGCUGGUUGUGGCUUUCCUUACUGUUCUGCUUCUCUCCGUUCGGUUUCGCUCCACGAAGUUGGGAGACAAGGCUGCAGAUGAACCUCCGCCAGCUUCGGCAUCUGACGAGCGGGACCUUGACGUGGACGAGUUCGGCUGCACUGCGCUGCAUCGUGCAGCUGACGAGGGUAGUGCCAAGGAGGUGGAAAGGCUUCUGGGUCGUGGUCUCGACAUCGAGGCACGAGAGGCCUGGGAAGAGACCCCACUCCACAUCGCUGCCCGGAAAGGCUAUGCAGACUGUGUGACUUGCCUGCUGGCAGCUGGUGCCAACUCUGAGGCUGUGGACCUUGACGAUCGCACUCCAUUAGUCCUCGCCGCUGAAGCCAAGCACGAGGACGUUUGCCGCAUUCUUCUCGACUGUGGGGCAGGUGUUGCUGGCAUGUCGGAUGAGGACCUUCCACCAACCCUGAACCAGCUCUUCCUUGAGCGGCUACUGAUGCCGGCAAAGGAGAUGUAG